AUGGGUUACCUGAGUGUGCCUUAUAAUCAGGAACCUGAGCUGAUUCCCCGCGUCGUUCGUUUAUCGGAUGUCAAAGUAUCUCAUGAAGGCCGUGCAGUUGUCUCUAGACAGAAGCGUAGCAUCCUGUUCCCAAAUGGAGUCAAACUCUGUGCACAAGAGACCGCCCAGCAAGUUGUAGCAAACCACCUGAGCUACUUUCAUCUCAGAGUGUGCCAGGAGAUCAUAUGGGAGGCGUUUAAGAUCUUCUGGGACCGCCUCCCAGAGCAAGAGGAGUACCAAAGCUGGAUGAGCCAAUGCCAGGAGGGCACAGUCACGGCCCAAUAUAUUGGCAGCUUCUUUAGCCAAUCAGAGGAGCAUCAGGCUCUGGUUAAAAAGAGGAUGUCAAUGCCAGGUUUGAAAAGUGAGCCCACCAGGUCCUGGCAACAUAUGUGCAGCACUCCGACACCACGAGCACCGGAAGCUCCUGAAGCUCCUGAGCUAGAAGACUACGCUAGAGGAAAGGACGAGGUGGAGGAAGCAGCCACCGUCGUCCCAGAGGUGGAGGAGAAUCCACUGGACAAUGCCAUCGCCGUGCAGCCUCCCACCUUCGCUGUGCUGGAGCAGGUGGUGGAGCUGAGCCUCCUCCUGACCGGAGAGACGUACAGCCACGACCUCCAGGAUCCAGCCAGCCUCCAGCACCAAACACUCAGCAAACAGAUCGCUGAAAAGAUUGAGGACGCUCUGCAGGAGCUUCCUGGAUUUAGGCGUGUGUCUGUGAUGGACUUCAGGCCCCAGAAGGACAUCCAAGGGCUGGAUGGCGUGGUGGUGGACUAUGCUGUCACAGUGGUGGUGGAUGGAGCAGGAGUGAGCUUUGAGCAGCUGGACUACUUGACCUUGCAGUCGAACCGGGUGGAGAACUCGUACCGUGAGGUCAUGGAGCUCCCCACGGUGGUGCACACCAUCAGCGAGGUCAAAAACAUCAUCACUGAAGUUCUGCAUAACGACGUGCUGGAGAUCGUGUCUGAGGUCCCUGACUCUGUCGACGCAGCAGACGGACCCGUGAUUGUUGCUGCCGGUGAGCCACCAGAGGUCAUGAUCCUAGAGGAGGACACCAAGGAUGUCGACAAAAUUGACGUCCUGCCUGAGCCCUUCGAAACCAGCUCAGAAAAUGACGUCAUUGUUCUGGAAGAGAGUGGAGUUGUGUCUCUGUCUGAUUCUGUCCUGACCCCUAGUGCACCUGAAGUUGGCAGUAUUGAAGAGGAGGGUCUGUUGCUGGGGGACACGGUGCAGACUCCUGCAGUAGAAACCCCCCCACUAGAGGAGCUCCCAGCUGAGCUGAUAGAAGGAGUCACACUACCUGAGCCACCAGUGGAGGUCGAGGCCUCCGGUUUGGGCACAGACGACCUGAAGAACCUGCUCCAACCGUCUGCACCCACAGAAGAAGAAGUGCAUCUUGAGGAGGCUGCUUUAGAAGAUGGGACAGAAGAUGUUGCCAUAAAUGCAGAAGCCAUCUCUGAAGCUGAACCUGAGGAUGUUGAGGUUGCGGCAGUGGGAGAAGAACCUACAACUGCAUCUCUGGAAGAGGAGCAUCUGGAUGAGGUUGUUGUGAAUAAGGCAGAUAUUCCAGAGGAGUUUGAGAUCUCCACAAUCGCAGCUGUGACCAUAAAAGAAGAAGGCCUUCCUGCUCUCGUCCCAUCUCCCGAGACUGUAAAUAUAGCGACUGAAGCAUCAGAGCCGGAAGCAGCAGAAACAGGUCUGCUUCCCGUUGGUGAAGAGUCCAACCCCAUAGUUGAGGAAGUUAUCCCCGAAGAACCUGCGAUAGACGCAGACAAUAAUGUGAUGUUGAGCUAUCCUAAAGAAGCUGUACCUUCAGAGGGAGACGUGGAGGAAGCAACAGAGAGCGAGGGACAAGAGGCGAAGGAGGAGACCGCACCUGAAGCUCCACCUGUAGAGGAAGAGGGCCCGGCAGCUCCAGAGCUCUCGGCAGAGGAUCUUACAGAAGAUGAGAUCUUACUGGUCAACAUAGAUGAACCAGAGCCACCAGUGACAGAUUACCAAGGCCCUGCCCAACCGACUGCCCUGUCUCCAGAGAGGGAGUCGCCUUUCACCCGCAUCUCUGAUGUCAACCCUGCGCUUGAGGGACACCCUGACGUCAACAUCCCUUCACUGGUAGAGAUCCAGACCACUAACGUAGGCUUGGAUGAUGCCACCAUUGGAGACCAGGACUACGACGUGAUCCAUUAUGGCUAUGAUUUGAUUAACCACACAGAGGAGGGCAGCACUGGCUUUCCGUUUGGUGUGGCACACGGCACAGACCAAGCCAGUAUCGCCAUGCCUGUGAACCCUGGACGAGCACUGAUGGUGUUCUUCAGCCUGAGGGUGACCAACAUGAUCUUCUCAGAGGAUCUCUUUAACAAGAGUUCCCCAGAAUACAAAGCUUUGGAGCAACGCUUCAUAGAGCUGCUUGUGCCCUACCUGCAGUCCAACCUGAGUAACUUCGAGAACCUGGAGAUCCUGAACUUUAGGAAUGGGAGCAUUGUGGUCAACAGCCGGAUGAAAUUUGGAAAACCUGUGCCUCAAACCGUCACCACCACUGUCUACCUGAUCCUGGAGGACUUCUGUAACACAGCCUACCAGACCAUGAACCUGGCCAUCGAUAAGUACUCACUGGACGUUGAGUCAGGUGACAAGGCUGACCCCUGUAAGUUCCAGGCGUGUAACGAGUAUGCGGCUUGCAAGGUGAACAAGUGGUCGGGGGAGGCGGAGUGCGUCUGUAAUGCUGGCUACUUCAGCGUGGACAGACUGCCCUGUCAGAGUAUCUGUGAGCUGCGGACUGACUUUUGCCUCAAUGACGGAAAGUGUGACAUCAUCCCCGGCCAGGGAGCCAUCUGCAGGUGUCGCGUCGGGGAGAACUGGUGGUACAGAGGAGAGCACUGUGAGGAGUAUGUAUCUGAGCCGCUGGUGGUCGGCAUAGCGAUCGCUUCUGUAGCUGGGUUCCUAUUGGUGGCCUCCGGAGUCAUCUUCUUCCUCGCCAGGACGCUACGGGAUCAGUACGACAAGGACGAGUCAGAAGACCCCAUACGGCGAGCAGAGAGUCUCCCGUCUCUGGAGAGGGCAACCAAGUACAACCCUAUGUACGAAAGCGAGGCCACAACAGGCUACAGCCACUACUACCGCCGCUAUCCUGAAGCCCCCGUGUACAGCAGCGCCAGUGCUGAGGCCUCCACUGACUUCAGCAGCGAGGAGAUACGACACAUCUAUGAGAACAGUGAACUGACCAAAGAGGAAAUCCAAGACAGGAUACGCAUUAUUGAGCUCUACGCAAAGGACCGACAGUUUGCAGACUUUGUACGGCAUCAUCAAGCUGUCGUGGACACCCGCAGAGAGAGCUCCUCUGCACACACAUGAAACUCUCCUGUGAACAAGAAACAUGCCUCUAUGUUAGAAAAGUGAAGCUCCCUGUCAAGACUCCACUUCAUCAUGGAACUCAGAAUCUGGACUGUCAUCCAGCACCCUGCUCUUUAUCUUCUCCACCAACAACCCCUCUCUGUUUCUACGUAUUUCCCAGAAGUGUUGACUGUUCUUCCUCCUUCCUUUGUGCCUUCUCUUGACUGGGUGAGCUGAUUGUGACAUCAAGUGUUGCUCAUGUACUUGGACGUCUCCCUCUGCGGACAACUGGACUGCAUCCUAUUACUUGAAAUAUUCAUCACAAUACUAUCUACAGUAGAACUUUUGCUUAGUGGAAUAAUCAGUUUUGUUUCAUCAUGUCAUGUCUGUCCAUUCUUAAAGGGAAGAACUUAAAACUGUGAAUAUGUGUAUAGUAUUACUGUUAGGAUGUUUGCUAGUUAAGAUACUACUCUCUAUUUUUUGGUCUCUACAAUGCUCAUAUUUACUCUUUAGGUCUUCUCAGAGAGACGCUGAGAGAGCUGCUCUUUCUUUAGUCAAUGGUGCUAUUUUGAUUUAUAAUGUAGUGGUCUAUGAUGACUCCUUUGUACAAUUUAAAAGCAACACCAAUGGAUCAACUCUGUAGGUAUAUACUGCUGCACAUUAAAGAAAUAGUCCAACGUGGAAAUAUGCUUAUUCUCUUUCUAGCGCUGACUUAGAUAAGAAGAUCGAUUGAACUCUCAUAUCUGUCCCUUAAAUAUGAAGCUACAGCCAGCAGCCGUUAGCUUAGCUUAGCAUAAAGACUGGAAACAGCUACCCUGACUCAAAAUCUGCUCGCAUAAGUACGUGUACAUUAAACAAACACGAUAUAAUGUGUCAAUAAGGUUCAGAGCUUACGUUCAGACUAGUUGUUUCCCCCUGUUUCCAGUUUUAUGCUAAGCUAAGCUAAUCAUUGCUUCCUGCAGCCGAUGUACAGAUAUAAAAGUGGAAUCUAUCUUCCCAUCUAAAUCCCUGUCAGAAAUCAAGUAAGCGUAUUUCCCAAAAUGUCCAACUAUUCCUUUUAAGGUGGCCACAUUUACUGCUAGCGUAUGUAUUAUUACUGUUCAUCAAUGUAAGAGCAGCCUUUCACAAUCGGAACGUUUUCCAGCUCCAAUCAGAGACGUUGGUGUUUCUUUGUAAAUGUACGUCGUGGUAGACAUGAGAAAGUGAAAACAGUGGUGAUGGGAGAAAGGCAGAGAGCAUGAACCCUCUAUAGCUCUGGGAUCCAGAAAUAAGUGAAAACACGUUUCAGUGGAAAAAUGCUCCGGGGGCAAGCAGCACUGGGAUUUGAUCAAAUGGUCUGCUUUCAUAUGUCACAUGUAAUGCAACUGAAAAGCAAGCUGAUAAACAACAUGCGCUCUUUGGAAUGACAACCUCAAGCUGAGUCUCCUGCUGAAAACACGUCAAGGUUACCAGCAAUUCUUAAAAAAACCCAGAAACGAUCUGCCUGUGACUGCGGGUUUGGCCGUGAUCCUGCUCCUCAGUUCUCUCUCCUUGUGACGGACUGUUUGCAGCAUGCAGUUGAUUAUAAUCUGCAGGUUUUCAUUUGUCGUCGGCCAGCGUGCCCGUCAGAAUCAGACACUUAGAUGACGUCCUAGCUUCUUGUUUACAUUAUAUGCUUUUCGUCCUUUGCUCUUAUUUUAAUAGUCUACACAAGCGACUAAAACCGGUGAAGCAGACUGUUGUGACAAUGUCAUGCCUUUUUCAAUCUGCAUAUUCAGUUUUAUUUUUAUAUGCAUACUUUUGUUUAGGAUGUGCAUAGAGUUUUUGUCGUCCUCCGCCUGACACCUGGACAAACAGCCAAUCAUCUCAUCCAGUGUUCUGGCAUGUAAAUAACAUCAUUAGUGAGAGUUGUAGGAUUUAAAUCAUGUGUGUCUCAAAUGUUUCAACAUAUUCUUUUUAUACUAAUCACUGUUUCACCACUUUAACAGUGUUAUCAAACCGUGCAGCUGUGUAAAAUACUCAUAAAUAAAUUGUAACGUGUACAAGAAUAAGAAUUUUAUAUAAAAUGCAGACUCUGGUCUGGUGGUAGAAUGUAAUUUAGUACAUUUACUUAAGCGCUGUACUGUAGUGCAAUUCUGAGGUACUCCUUUGUACUUCUACUCAGCUGUAGUUACUUUUCAGAUCCAGAUUAUUUUUGACAAAACACAUAAUCAUGUAAAAUAAGAUGUUUCGUUAUCAAACACAAAAUGCCUUCUUUCUUGACCAGCUACAAAACAUUGCUGCUUACA